UCUAUGUGCUGAUCACGACAAGAAAAUGGGAAGCUUCCUGUCCGACUCCUACUCAAUUAAUUUGUGGGACACCAGUGAGAGAGUAGAAUUGCGAAAAUGGAAGCAUCAAUCUGUCAUUCGCAGGAAUGCUUGAUGAGCAAUUGACCCCCAUUCGCGCUUGCGCCCUUCGUUGGGUGGUUGCUUCACAUUGAAUUGUAACCAUGCGUCGGAGGAAUUUUGGGUUCCUUUCUUUUCUUAAGGGCAUCUUCUUCUUGGGGGUUUCUCAGGAGGUGCAAAGCUCAAGAUUGGACUCUUCUGCAAUAAGCAGCAGUUCUUUUCCGCUAAUCAACAUUCCUUUAAUAGAACAGAAAAACCAACAGCAUAGAAUAAGGAGCCAGAUUGCUUCAAAUAUGAUGAGGUCCAGUGGAGUGAUGGUCGCAAGGACAUACAUAUAUGAUUGGCUGAUCCUUAUGGCUCUUGUGGUUAUUGGGUCUCUUCUCCUUCUCAUACAUCCAUUUCAUCGCUUCGUCGGGAAGGAUAUGAUGACUAGUCUCAAGUAUCCACUGAAGGGCAACACAGUGCCUUUCUGGACUGUUCCAACGUAUGCCCUUCUGUUGCCAAUGGUGAUAUUUGUGGUUUUGUAUCUUCGGAGAAGAGAUAUCUAUGAUCUUCACCACGCUGUACUAGGGCUCUUGUAUUCUGCUUCAGCCACUGCAGUUAUAACAAAUGCCCUAAAACUUGCAGUUGGCCGCCCUAGGCCAGACUUCUUUUGGCGUUGUUUUCCAGAUGGGAAAGAUGUGUAUGAUCGAUUGGGAAAUGUCAUUUGUCACGGUAAAAGAAGUGUCAUAGAUGAAGGGCACAAGAGUUUUCCUAGCGGGCAUACUUCCUGGUCCUUUGCGGGUCUUGGUUUCUUAUCGCUUUACUUAGCUGGGAAGAUUAAAGCAUUUGAUCGCAAAGGUCAUGUCGCAAAAUUAUGCAUCAUCUGUCUCCCGCUUCUUGUCGCAUCUCUUGUUGGCAUUUCAAGAGUAGAUGACUACUGGCAUCACUGGCAGGAUGUCUUCACUGGAGGCCUCCUAGGGCUUACAGUAGCAGGGUUUUGCUAUCUGCAGUUCUUUCCACCUCCAUAUCAUGCUCAAGGUUGGGGGCCUUAUGCUUAUUUUGAAGAACUGGAGUUGCGCAGGAAUGCACAGGCUGCGAAUGCAGCCGAUAUGCCUGAUGCACAGGCCGCGGAGACUCAAAACGAGAGCUGUCUGGAUGAGCGUAGCGGAUCACCGCAAGACAUGGAAUCAGGGGGAAGGCAAGCCCCUGACAAGUAUUAUCCAGGAAAUUUUUUUUUUCUUUUUCGGGUUUGAGUGAAUGUAGCGUGCUCUGGAUGGAACAUCAAAUAGCAGAUUUGGUCCGUUCCCACCCUUGAUCUCAAAAUCAGGAUGUCAUUAACUCUUUUUCUAUACUAAUCCUGUGUUUAUGUAGCUUCUACAGUCAUUUUGGUUGGACUGAAGAGAAUGCAAACGCUAUACAAAUAUCAUUGCCAGUUGCAAAACUGAUAUCUCUGAAUAGCUGCUUCUGAUUAUCUGUUUGAUAAUCACAGACAAUGUUCUUCAUCUAUUACUCCAGAUGUGAACAUCUCUAAAGCGUUAGUCUUGCAACCAAGUAUUUAUGUGGUAAACCCAGUCGAGGAAGGAAGGUCCUCUGUCCCAAAUCGUACUAGAAUCAACACGUACUUUGCAUGCCCUUUCUGAUCAUAAAGAAAGUAUAUUUUUUUUUUCUGCAGAACUCCUCUUGUUUCUUAACACGUCAAAAGGACACCAGAAACAACCAACACAUGUAGAUUCCAUUUAGUCGCUCUCUCCAAUUCUCUAUGUAUAUCCCAACAAAAUGGGAAGCUUCCUGUCAGAAUCCUACUCCAUCAUCUGUGGGAUGCCACUGAAAGAGAGUAGCAUUAAG